AAGCAACGCCCUCGGCAAUGGCUCGCCCCGUGCUCGUGCUCCUCGCGCUCGUUUCUGCGUGGCAGGCCAGCAGCGCCACCUUCCAGUCCGAUAUGGGUGACGGCCUGGACCCGUCUCCGCUCGGCGGACUGAGCUCGGAUCAGUUGAACGCCCUGCUGGAGGGCACGGUGACCAUGCCGUACGUGCUGGUCCCCUCGCAGCUGAUGUCCUCGGUCCAGAAGCGGCACUACUCCGCUGUGCCGUCCCGCUUCCGUAGUGAACAGUACCAGGUCUGUCGUCCUUCCUCCAACGAUAUUGUGAAGUUUCUGCACGCGCUGCACCUGGCCCGCAGCGGCUCUGCUAACCAGCUGGCCCGCCUGUGCAGCGACGGCAGGCCGGCCUCCGAGAUCGACACCAAUGUGCGCUUCAUCGGUUAA